UUCAGCACUGUUGGAUGGCCAAAAGUUAAACGUUCACACUGUGGGCAGAGGAAAAAAGUAUUGUUUUCUGGAAAACAUGGCUAAUUGCAGAUAAAACGCGACUUGCAAAUUCGGCAAAUCUGUUUUCAGAGCCACCAAUAAGGCGGCAAUAAGACAAAAUCCCAGGAUACAUGAAAAUUGACGCGUGUUAAAUGCAAACAAGAAAAUUCCAACACAGACCUUGAGUGGCUAACACACACACACGCGCAGACCCUCCACACCUGCGUCACACAUACACACCACACACACACACUGUGAUAAAGCGGAGCGAGAGGGAUAGAAGAUCGAACCGUUCCCUGCUUUUUUGUUGUUUCUCCUGAAGCAGGAAGUCGAUUUUAGGGGAUCCUUUUACUGAAUCUUGCAGCUGGCAUAAUGGUGAAUGUACCCCCGCUGCUCUGCAGCACCCCUCCGCCCAUCGAUUUUGGAGAGGAAGACGACGAUUCCGGUUUACAAGCCACAAUCCAUUUGGACGAGGGUGACGAAUACUCGAAUUUUGGCUUAGUCAGCAGCUCGAAAGAACCACCUCCACCACCAGAUCCUGUGGAGGAAUUUCGAGAAAAGCCACCGGAUUUGCUGGAAAACAAACAAACCGCCGAGGCAUUCAAUUACCAGGUGAAGCAGACGAUGGAUUACGAUGUUUUCGAGGAAACGGCACCGCCGACGCCGCCUCCGUUAAGCUUGGAACUGGAUGAUGAGGAACUGGAGGAGCAGGUGCCCUCCCUUAAGCUGGACAGUCUAAGUCUCUAUUCCACGGAAAGCGUUUCCGCCGCCUCCACACUCUCACCGGUUGCGGAGCCAAGUGCAGCUGCUUCGCCGGCCAUGCAAACAACCAAAGCCAACAACCUUAUCCUCAGCCACCAAGUCACGCUGGAGGAUGUGUCCGAUGACAGCGACGAGGAGUGCUCCCCAAAGAAGCCCAAAGAACUAUAUAUACGCGAGGGAGCUGUCGAUUUCUUUGCCAUAGAGGUACUGGCCACACCAACACAACCAAAUGGAGAAGCCUUUUUCGAGGAGAAUGUGGAUCCACGGAAAGGAGAGAGCGUAGAGAAUACUCCCCAACAAGAAGAAAGCUUUAGAAGUUUGGAAGCCCGUGCGGAAAGUUCCAGUAACUUAGAAAAGCCUUUGAAAUAUCAAAGUGAAGGCUUAUCCCAUCCCCAAAAUCAGGAGGAAUCCCCUAACGAAUGGGGUGAACCAGCAAAUAGUGAUACAUUUCCAUUUACAAACUUUGAAGCGACGCCAAAAGAAAUUGUUCCCGAAAUCGAAGACGCAGACGACGACGAUGAUGACUUUGGUGACUUUGCGGAUUUCUCAGCGGCAGAACCACAGCUAGAAAUCAAGGAAAAUUCCACGACAGCUUUAUCUAGCUCUGCCUUUGAGACACCUUCCCUAGCAAUCGAUUCCCCAACGGAAUCGAAACCUUCAGAGGUUAAGACGGCUGCUCCGACAGAAGAAUCGUGUAAUUUAGCUCCUACGGAACCGGACGAUGGCUUCGAUGAUUUUCAGGAGUUCGCCACGCCCGCGAAUGGAAACCAUGGUCAAAGCGAAGAUGACGAUGAUUUCGGCGACUUCGCGGAGCCCGUAGUGGCUGCUGUUUCUGUACCUCCGCCGCCGCCGCCAGCUGCUGUCCACCUGAGCAUAGAUGAAAGGGUUAAGCCAGUCCUGGAGAUGAUGUUUCCGCAGUCAAAGGAGCUGGACAGCAAGAGUACGGACAAUCGCAGACCUUUGGCGCAGUGUCAGCGAUUCAACUUUGGUGCCAUAGAGCAUGCCCAAGCUCUCGACUACCAAUGGAGCAGUUCGGAAAUGAGGCAUGCCCUCGUUCGAUCGCUGGGCAUCGAUUCUAGGAAUAUACUCUUCGGCGACAAGUGGAACGCAUCGAUGCCCCGUUUUGCUGCCAACCUGAGCUUUGAUCCACUGAAGCCGCUGAAACCUCAAUCAACUGGCGCCGUAAGCGGCUUGGAGCCCAUUUCCAAUACCAGCAGCUACCAGGAAUCACAUGUACAGACAUUACAAUUGGAACAACUAGACCAACUAACGGUGGUGGCUAAUGCUGAUAAAAUAAAUCUUGUUACCUCUAACUCCCACACCAAUAACAACAACGAUGAUAAUGGUGAUAACGACGUUGCUGCCCCCGUCGAUCAACUGGAUUGUAUGCCACCUGUGAUGGAUUUGAUGACCCAUAACAAUCACAAUUUGACAAUCGAUUUGCACCACUCUUCACCACUCACACAUUUUGCCACCAUCUGCAACAACAACAACAAUAACGAUAAUAACAAUCUGAACAAUCCAAACAACAAUCAUGCAACAAAUACUGCAACAAUGACAAUAACAAUUAACACAAACCUCACUGCUCACGACGCCUUGCUGGAUUUUAGAUUGGAAAACGCCCCCGCAACAACGGCGAGCCAAACUGAAACGCGGACUGGCCCGCCUCAUGGGGAAGGGUCCUCCGGCACCGGUUCCAGUUCCGGCAGCAAUUCCGACGGCGAAGAGCGACAUAGUCAUAGCUACCAGCCAACUGCAGUGCCCAGUCCCGAAUCGAACCAUAUUGAAUCCACAGCAGCGGCAUCAGCAGCAGCUGUUGCUGCAGCAGCAGCGACGCUACCGACUGCUCUACCAGCAGACAGCCCUGCCCACAAGCUCAACGGCGGUGAGCAGCUGCAUCAGCAGCGGUCGGAGCCGGAGCAGUUUGAUUUGAGGACCACUCCACCGGGCGCAGCGCCAGCUCAGGAGGAGAUCGUGGGCAGCUCGAUGGCCAGCUACUCGGUGCCGCUGAAGGAGACCCACAUCUACACACCCUCCAAAUCGGAUACGGCGGUGGCCAAGACCACCACACUGGCACCCAUUGAUUUCGACUACGAGAUGGCUGCGACGGGCAUUAUCAUCGACGAGACGGUGGUCAAGAAGGAGUAUCGCGAUGUGGAGUACAAACCACCAUUUGGUCUGGACUCGCCCAGCAAACUGAGUGGCAAUGGAGCUGCCAGCAGCUUUCAGUUGCCACCACAGACGACGGAAGACGACGACUUCAGUGAUUUUCAAUCUAUGCCGGCGACCAGGUCACGACUCGACACACCCACUUUUGGCGAACAGAUGAUCCUCAGUCCGGCUAUUCUGCUGCCCCAAGCCAUUCCGUUGGCAAAGAAGCCAGCCGCAACUAUUGAAUGGGGCGACAAUGCCCUGGCCAGCAUAAAUGCCGAGGAAAUGGCCAGGAUAGAGGAGUUGUUCUCCUCGCAGGCCAAACCGCUCACCAUAAGCGCUUCAGUGGCCAAGAAACCAGCGCCUUCCACGCCAGCUGCGUCGCAACCUCAAGAAGACGAUGAGUGGUCGGAUUUUGUCUCUGUUCCAGUCACCCAACAGCAAGCGCAUCAUCAGCAAAACGCAAUCGCUAACAACAAUAAUAUCGUCAACAGCAACACUAGGAAACCAGCUGCUCCCAAAGAAGAUGAUUGGUCGGAUUUUGUGAGCAGUACUCCGCCAGCGCGACCCGCUCCCCAAUUCAAUUCCGGUGCCUGGCAGAGCGCUAACUUCUACAACAAUCCCCUGAGUUUGUACCAGGCACAGCAGCAGCAGCAGCAAGCCCACAGCAAUCUGGUGCCCAAAGGCAGCACCAGCAGCAACAGCAAUAACAACAAUGUGCCAGCCAUUCCACAGCAAAUACACAUCAUGCACGACUUUUCGACUGCGCCCGUUCCUGGAGGACUGGGUGUGGGUGCCACCUACCAGCAGCAGCAUCAGCGGCAGCAGUUCCAAAUCGGCAACGCCAAGGUGGCCCCACGCAUCUCCCUCAUUCCCGAUCUCAGCUUCGUCGCACCGGCCUUGCCCACCAAUGCUGGUGCCUUCAUGGGUGCGCUUCCGAAACCGAGUUUCGCCACCAAGAAAUGACACAAGAAGCUGAGGGUGGGCGGUGGGCGGCUCCAGCAGCAGCAGCAGCGUCCGCAUGUGGGCGCUCCACGCCCACUGGCCGGCGGGGAGGCCACCAUCCUCACAUAGGCGAAAAGGACAAAGGACGUGUCCCUCCCGGGGAGCCAGUCAGUAUUAUGAAUCCGUCUGAUAUUCACCAUAAUCCGAACCGUCACACAUGCAGUUUGAGGCAAGCUGUGUUCCAUGUUGUUGUCGUUGUUGUUAACGUUGUCGUUGGCGUAAUUGUUGUUGUUGUUGUUGUGCAUGCAUGUUGUAGUCUUAGGCGUAAAUCAGGAUUUGGAGCGAAACAAAAAAGUAACCAUUCUGUGCAAUAGUUGGAUUUUAAAUUUAUGUUGUACUUCUUUUUGACGAAAAAAAUCAUAGUUUUCAAAAGGAAUAUUGUGUAGACCAGAAAUAGUUGUUUUAUGCUUGGAAAAUUCCUUAUUUUUAUAGAACAUGGUGGCAGAUCCUUGUUCCUACAUUUUAUUAAUUAACAAUUAACAACAUUCAAUAUAUUUUUAGAAUUCGAAAAAAUGUGUAAAUCGGUACCGCAUUGUAAAGAUAAAAGAAAAAGUUACGCCGCUUUCAACCUCUACUUUUAACCAUUUUAUUAAAGCCCAGUGAAAAUUGAAACCUUUAGGGAUAUUUCUGAAAUUCUGUGAGAAUUUAAGGUUUAAGCUUAUGCAGCUGUGUGCAUGCAAUAUCUUUAUGCGGUCAUAUCAAAUAACUACAUAAGAUUCAUCAUAGAUGACCAAAACAAAAGAUACAAAAUAACAACACAGAUUUCAGAAAUAUCCCCAAUGAAUUGAAAUUCCGCUCUAUUUUAAAAAAUGUAAAUCUAUUAGUUCCAUUAUGAUUUUAGCUUUAAAGAACCCAAUCGAAGUCAGAAUAGCCUAUCUGAGGAAUAUCAUUAGUUAAUCUGCAGCAAAGCCUAGAAAUGCAUUCCACUUGCGAACUUCCCUUAUUGUAUAACCUAACCAUUAAAAAUACUCCAAUGCGAAUGCGGGCCACCACAUUGAUGAAAACCCAACCCGCCUGAUGCGAACUUUUUCUAUAUUGUGUACUUAACAAGCUGGAGGAGCGGCGCACUAACCAAGCAAACAUAGUUAACGUUGUAUAUGUAAUAGGAUUUGUUAGUUGAUAGAAGAACUCCCGUGCAUUCCAAGUGUGUAAAUGAGUGUGACUGGUUGCCAUGAUGAUCUCCAGAAAAUCGCUGGAAAACGAAACCCGAUCCGCUCCAGUUUUUGAUUAUUGUUUUGUUCGUGUUAAUGUGUUUUCAUUUAUUUAUUUUACUUUAUGUUACGCACUUUAAGUUGAAUGUGUCUGUGUGUGUUGCGUGUGUGUCUGAAAAUUAUAAACAAUUAUCAACUAAAACUAAGUGUUUGAUGUAAUCAUAUGUUCUUAGGCUUAAAUGUAAAUUACAAAUAGAUUUUCAUUUGUUUUGUUUUAUUUUGCUAAGUCAAUGAAAAAAAAGGUUAAAACAAGAACAUGAUUAUAGAUGGUUGCUGCUUGGUUUAAAUAAAUGAAUUACCUAUGUACUAGAACGUAUUAAAAUAUAUUUACCAUAUUGUAUAAUUAAAAGAUAUGCGCAGAUUAAAAUAAACCUAUUUGAAAAACAAAA